CGGCGGCACUCAGUCGCCUGGCCGGACUUGGAUGCUUGUCUUCACCGCUCAGAAGAAAUUGAAGGGUGGAAGGUAUUUCCCGAUUACUGCAGUUCAUAGAUUUGAUGCUGCUGGCAAGAGGAUUGAGAAUGGGGUGUAUUUUGGACCAAUUGGAUGGCUAACAUUUGAAGGGAGAUUUGCAUGGAAGAAGAAGAAGAUAUUAGCAUUCAUCUUUGAGCGAAUCCGAAUCAAACUCGGCCCAUUUAACCCUCUCGAAAUUGGGAUUGGCAGCGGUGGAGAGCAGGGAGAUAGAGAACCAACCACAAAGAAUGGUCCUUUCUUCAUCUGGUUGUACAUCGACCAGAGAGAGAGAGAAAGAGGAGGAAGAAUGGAAGAUGAGAAAAGAUGGGGAAAAGCUGCACGCGGAGGAGUAACCAAGGAAGAUUGA